AUGCCUUUGAGAAGGUUGAAUCAUGACGCCUAUAAGGUGGGAUGGAUCUGUGCUCUGGAGAUAGAGCAGAUCGCAGCCAUGGAGAUGCUAGACGAAGAACAUGAACCUCUGCCACAACCGGAAAAUGACACAAAUAUCUACAGCCUUGGCAGCAUCAAUGAUCAUAACGUUAUAAUCGUCGGACUCCCUAGCAUGGGGAAUUGCUCCGCAGCCACCGUUGUCACGCAGAUGAAGAUGACAUUCCCAAAUCUUAAAUACGGCCUGUUAGUAGGGAUUGGAGGUGGUGUUCCUAUUGAGACCGACGCCGGGAUGAUUCGUCUGGGACAUGUGGUGGUAAGCAAACCGACAGGUAUACACCCUGGAGUUAUACAGUACAAUCAUGGAGAUGCAAUGCUAGGUAUUUUGGAACGCGGAGGUGCUCUUGCGCCUCCGCCAAUAGUCCUCCUCAACGCGGCGCGAGAGAUGGCUGUGCGGCGUCACCGGAGGGAAUAUGACCCAAUCUGGGAGAACACGAAGAGGAUCCCAACUGGUCGUCGAGCUCUUCGUCGCUUUGGGUUUCCCGGUGCUGACAAGGAUCAUCUCUACCAACCGCAUUAUGAGCAUCAACGGAAAGCUAUGUCGUGUCAAGAGAGUGGAUGUGACCCACGACAGCGCAUCGAGCGACAGAUAGACGAGGAAGACGAUUCAUACAUUGUUGUACACCGAGGCACAAUCGCGUCUGGGGGAUUAGUAAUUGCGGAUGCCCAAAAAAGAGAUUCUCUAGCGCAAGAGCAUGGGCUUCUCUGCUUCGAGAUGGAAGCAGCAGGCGUCCUGAACAAUUUACCAUGCCUGGUUAUCCGAGGGAUUUGCGACUAUUGCGACACACACAAAAACGACGUAUGGCAUGGCUUCGCAGCAGCGGCGGCAGCCGCUUAUGCGAGGCAAUUAUUUUUCCAUCUUCCUAUUCAAGAGGCGCAAAGGUAA